AUGGUCGGACCCUUUAUGCAGGGCCUCUUUUUAAUUGGCAUCAUCUACUGGUACUCCAAGGGCAUGAUGUCCAUGAUCAACGACUACUAUAGGAGUGAGUUCCAGCGUAAGUUGCACGUGGAUCCGGCAAAGGCUAAGGCAGAGGUACCCAUCAAUGUGGACAACUUUAUGGACUAUGUCAGGGAGCUGGAUUCUCCAGCUGAGGUGGCUAGGAGUCCAAGGGAAGGAGCCAUAGCUACUCCCCCAAGAAAGCCUCUUAGCCACACACUCCUACGAUUUCUGGAGAUCACCGAUGCGCUACCACAUGCUUUUGAUGUUUGUCUCAACACGAGCAACAUAAGAUAGCUUAAAACUAUAAUGUAACAAUUUAAUUUAUAUUUAAUGUAUUUUAUAUGACUUUCGUAAAAUAAAGAAUUAUACUACAA